AUGAGGAAUGGUGUGCUGAUUAUUCCUCCAAAUGCCAUCCCAACGCCUCGUUACCGUCCUCCCGAAGUCGGUGUUAACCUCGUCGUCAAUGACCUCGUCUCCCCAACGAAAGGCGGCCCAUGGCCCGCCCAAACACGACCGGGCUUCCCAUCGAAAACAACCCCACCUUGUGACCACCUCCCCCAUUCUCGAUCAUCAACAACCUUCUAUCGACAUCACCCGAGUCAAGUCCACAACCCUAGACAUACGAACCCCUGA